UAAUGCUUAAUAUGAUAACAGUUUUAAGUAACAUGAAAUCCAUUCUUCUGUCUUUGUUAUGGUUCUUUGUUUUUCGUGAUGGCUGUACAGGACAGUGCUUCGUUGGUCAACAGUUAACACCACCACCGCCAGGGUCGACAGAUCCGCCUCCCACAAACUGUAACUAUUCUGGGGUGUCUUUAAGGCCAGGAGAAGCAUACACAGAUAUGACCAAGUGUAUAAGGUGCCAUUGCGGAGCGGAUUUUGGUCUUUAUUGCUGCUCCAUGCUUAUGAACUACAGUUUACCCGAGGGAUGCGUUGUUAUUGAAAAGAACUGUACGCAGAGGAUCGUUCAUAAAUCCGAUGGAUCCCCGUGUCAAUAUCUCGCAUCCUUUUCAAGGAAGUAAUGAAACACUAUUAAAAGAAAAAAAAAGCAAUACCUUUCAAUACCUUUAAUUAAAUACUUCAAUAAAAUGUAUAUACAUCUGUAUACACUGAUUUAUUAUUACUAGCUUCUGUUUUAGUGUCCAGCAAAAAUAGAAAAGUGUAAAUCUUGUUUAUCAA